AAAAAAUGACACGUUUUUGAGGGGAUGACCCCAAACUUUUGAUCGGGAGUGUAUGUAAGAAAACAUUAUAUCAUUAUCACAUAAAAGAUUUGGCAACAGUAGAUUACAAUCAAUUGAGAUAAGACCAAUCUUAGCAGCACUUAUUAUCAGUAGUCCGUGGAAACUCCUAUUGAUAACAGCACAUUACAGCAGGCCAUGUCGAUUGGCGACGUUCGCUUCUUCCAAUAAGAGCGCAUCGAACGCGCAGUGAAAAAUAUCGGAUUUCAUUAGCAUGAACCCACGGAAUGUGAUGAAAAUCCUACAAUCGGUUGAUUUUGAUUAUGACAUCCCUAUCAUGGAGCGCCAGGAGAGUCUAAUCAACAACCGGUUCCAAUCAGAUGUAACGUUCUUGGUGGGUGAAAAGCGCCAACCGAUCUACGCCCACAAGCUUCUGCUGAUCAUUUCGUCUGAAUACUUCAACGUCAUGUUCAACGGGAACUUCAAGGAGUCCAAUUCGGAGGAAAUCGCGGUCAAAGACGUGGAACCGGACAUCUUCUUGGAGAUCUUACGAUUCAUCUACUGUGGAAAGGUCCAUCUGACGGUCCAGAACGUCCUGGAGAUCUUUGUGCACGCGCAGAUGUACAUGCUGAACGAGCUACGGCAGCAAAGUAUUGAGUACUUUGACAAAAGCAUCGCUUUCGAUAACGUUCUAAAGUUCUUCGCACAGAAUCGAUUGUACGAACUUUCGUUUAUCAACGAGAAGUGCUUGAAGUUGAUUAUGAAGAAUCCGCUGCUGUGCUUCAACCAUGAAGACUUUUACGUGCUAGAUCGUAAGUCACUAGAGAUUAUCAUCUCUAGCAAAAAGUUCAACUGUUCGAAAACACAGGUGCUUCAGGCCUUGCGCGAUUGGAGCAAGAUUAACGAGAUCGAGUGUGUCAGCGAUCUGGAGACGAUGAUCAACACGAAGCAUGUACGGGACUGCUCCAAGCUGCGCUUUUUCGGCAACAUCUCGUCUAACACGUCUACGGGUCUUACGUUCAUGUUCCAGCAACCGCACAGCUUGGCACUCUAUGGGAUUGGGGUGUUUGUGAAAUCAUCGGCGAAAAUGAUUACGAUCGAGGUAAAAAUUUCGAAUAAUCCGGAGACUCUGGGAUUGCAUCAAUUCGAGUAUGAAAACAAAGACGUCACAACGGUGAGUGUAGCAAAAUUGUUUUUCCAAGAGCUGACGCUGCUUCCGAAUACACAGUACUCGAUUGGGAUCAGUUUUAACCCAGGUGGCCAGAAUUUUAGUUUUUGCAAUCCUUAUGUCAUCCAUGGCAAGCAUAUGUUUAAGUUAAUGUGUAACACCACGUAUAGCGUCAUUUCGCAUUUUUACUAUGAUGAGAUUGAGAAAUAAAAAUAAUGAUUCGCAUUUCCAAUAUAGCAAAAUUCUUUUUUUUGUCAUGUUAUAUCGUAGAUGUCAGUAUAUUUUUAGAAUUUGGGAAAAAAAAUCCCAAAA